AUGUCGACCUACGCCCUUUCCCAGUCCCACAAGGACCAAAUGCACAACUCCCUCAAGGAGUCUGACCCGGAGGUCGCCCAGAUCAUGGCCAACGAGAUUCAGCGUCAGCGUGAGUCCGUUGUCCUGAUUGCCUCGGAGAACUUCACCUCCCGUGCCGUCUUCGAUGCUCUUGGCUCGCCCAUGUGCAACAAGUACUCCGAGGGUUACCCCGGUGCUCGUUACUACGGUGGUAACCAGCACAUUGAUGCCAUUGAGAUCACCUGCCAGCAGCGUGCUCUCAAGGCCUUCAACCUGGACCCCGCCAAGUGGGGUGUCAACGUCCAGUGCCUUAGCGGCAGCCCUGCCAACCUGCAGGUCUACCAGGCUCUGAUGCGUCCCCACGACCGUCUGAUGGGUCUUGAUCUCCCCCACGGUGGUCACUUGUCUCACGGUUACCAGACCCCCUCCCGCAAGAUCUCCGCUGUCUCCACUUACUUCGAGACCUUCCCCUACCGUGUCAACCUGGAGACCGGUAUCAUCGACUAUGACACCCUCGAGGCCAACGCCGAGAUGUACCGCCCCAAGAUCCUGGUUGCCGGUACCUCUGCCUACUGCCGUCUGAUCGACUACAAGCGCAUGCGCCAGAUCGCUGACAAGGUCGGUGCCUACCUCGUCGUCGACAUGGCCCACAUCUCCGGUCUGAUUGCCGCUGGCGUCAUCCCCUCUCCCUUCGAGUACGCCGACGUUGUCACCACCACCACUCACAAGUCCCUCCGUGGUCCCCGUGGUGCCAUGAUCUUCUUCCGCAAGGGUGUCCGCAGCACCGACAAGACCGGCAAGGAGAUCAUGUACGACCUUGAGGGCCCCAUCAACUUCUCUGUCUUCCCCGGCCACCAGGGUGGUCCCCACAACCACACCAUCACUGCUCUGGCUGUUGCCCUCAAGCAGGUUGAUACCCCCGAGUUCAAGCAGUACCAGGAGCUCGUCAUCAAGAACGCCAAGGCCCUUGAGAACGAGUUCAAGGCUCUCGGCCACAAGCUCGUGUCUGAUGGCACUGACAGCCACAUGGUCCUCGUUGACCUGCGCCCCAAGAGCCUGGACGGUGCCCGUGUUGAGGCUGUUCUCGAGCAGAUUAACAUUGCCUGCAACAAGAACUCCAUCCCCGGUGACAAGUCUGCUCUGACCCCCUGCGGUAUCCGUAUCGGUGCCCCCGCCAUGACCUCCCGUGGCAUGGGUGAGGAGGACUUCAAGCGCAUUGCUGGCUACAUUGACCAGUCCAUCAACAUCUGCAAGAAGGUCCAGAGCGAGCUGCCCAAGGAGGCCAACAAGCUCAAGGACUUCAAGGCCAAGGUUGCCUCCGAGACCGUUCCCGAGAUCCUGGAGCUCCGCAAGGAGAUCGCCGCCUGGGCCAGCACCUUCCCCCUCCCCGUCUAA